AAUAUGGUAUGGAAUUGAUUCGGCGGGUAUGGGAGUGUGACGUGGCGCGUUGCGGUGGAGAGAGGCAUGGCUUCAUCUAGUGUCGUUGUCACUGUGACUCACUUGUUCGUUGGUUCCCGCAAACUGCAAACCCAAUCCAAAAACUAGAAACAAUUGAAGCUGAAGCUGAAGAAGAAGGAGAAGAAGAAGCAACAGCAGCAACAAGAAAGAGCCAUUGAAAGUAGUGCUGAAAAAAAACCGCGAAACUUGCUAAACGACGCCGUAUAUAGUGACCUAGCUCAGUUUGUAUGCCCUUCAUUAUUCUCUCUUCUUCACAACCUUCUUUGUUGACCGCCAAAGCCCUAAAACCUUCGAUUCACGCCAUGAAGGACCGCCCUACGCUGUCCUCUUAUGGCGCCAUUUACGUUCCCCCGCACCACCGCCUCCGCUCCGUCAUCACUUCCGCCAAUUACAACUCCUCCGCUCCCUCUGUAGCCAAGCUCCGCGAUCACCGUGGUGCAGCUCUAAACCCUAGACCCGUUGUUUCAGCUGCUCCUACCACUGUGCAUCGCUCGCAAACGACGUUGCCGGAGCAAAUUCCUGACAAGGGGAAUUCGCGCUUUGUUUCAGCUUACGACGACGUGGUUUCCGAGGAAGGCUCCGAUCGUGAAUUCGAGGCUCCCUCAUUUCGGAGUGCUUCACCAAAUGAUAAUGUUGAUGAGUGGAAGAGGAAGCUAACCUUGCUCUUAAACGACAAGAGUAAGCAAGAGUUGUUGUCCAGGGAGAAAAAGGAUAGGCGUGAUUUUGAUCAAAUUGCGCUUUUGGCAAGCAGAAUGGGGCUGUAUAGCCACAUGUAUGCAAAGGUUGUUGUCUUCAGUAAGGUUCCACUUCCAAACUAUAGAUAUGACUUGGAUGAUAGGCGGCCGCAGAGGGAGGUGAGCAUGCCUAUAACUUUGUUAAGGCGAGUUGAUGCAUACUUUGAGGAACACCUUACCCGAAAGUCCAAGAUGAAGGAAAGCUUUUCAGAUGUAUCAUUUACAAGAUCAAGCAGUAACAGUAGUAUUGGUACAGAUGAAGGGCUUUUUGAGCACCCUGAGCCACUUGCAUCUAGUAAGGCUGUUGGGGAGAAAAUACUUAGGCGGAGGAGCUUGCAAAUGCAUGAUCAGCAGCAAGCAUGGCAGGAAUCUCCAGAAGGAAGAAGAAUGCUAGAAUUUCGCAGGAGUCUCCCUGCUUAUAAAGAGAAAGAAGCAAUAUUGUCUCUCUUAUCAAGAAAUCAGGUAGUUGUCAUCUCAGGCGAAACAGGUUGUGGCAAGACAACUCAAAUUCCACAGUUUAUUUUAGAAUCUGAGAUAGAAUCAGUUCGAGGAGCUGCUUGUAAUAUCAUAUGCACACAACCAAGACGCAUAUCCGCUAUGUCUGUUUCUGAAAGGGUUGCCUACGAGAGAGGGGAGAAAUUGGGUGAAUCUGUUGGAUAUAAAGUUCGAUUGGAGGGUAUGAAGGGGAGAGAUACCCAUCUUCUCUUUUGCACCACGGGCAUCUUAUUAAGAAGAUUGCUAGCUGAUAGAAACUUAACAGGUGUAACUCAUGUUAUCGUGGAUGAAAUUCAUGAGCGUGGGAUGAAUGAAGAUUUUCUGCUUAUCGUCCUUAAAGAUCUCCUUCCGCACCGACCUGAAAUGAAACUGAUUUUGAUGAGUGCUACCCUAGAUUCAGAGCUCUUCUCUUCUUACUUUAAUGGGGCACCAGUUAUGAAUAUUCCGGGCUUCACAUAUCCCGUUAGAACUCAUUUUUUGGAGGACAUUCUUGAAAUGACGGGCUACAGAUUGACAACUUCUAAUCAAAUUGAUGAUUAUGGUCAAGAAAGGAUGUGGAAAAUGAACAAACAGGUCCCAAGAAAGAGGAAAAGCCAAAUUGCUUAUGUUGUCGAGGAUGCUAUUAGAGCUGCUGAUUUCAAAGAUUACAGCCCACAGACACAGGAGUCUUUGUUGUGUUGGAAUCCUGAUUGUAUUGGAUUUAGUCUCAUAGAAUAUAUCCUAUGCAUGAUAUGUGAGAAUGAAAGGCCUGGUGCUGUUUUAGUUUUUAUGACUGGAUGGGAUGAUAUAAGCACUUUGAAAGAGAAGUUUUUGGCUCAUCCUGUCUUAGGAGAUCCAAAUCGAGUUUUGUUGCUUACCUGUCAUGGCUCAAUGGGCAGUUCAGAACAGAGGUUAAUAUUUGAAGAACCCAAAGAUGGAGUAAGAAAAAUAGUGCUUGCAACAAAUAUCGCUGAAACGAGUAUCACAAUAAAUGACGUUGUUUUUGUGCUUGACUGCGGAAAAGCAAAAGAAACAUCAUAUGAUGCACUGAAUAACACGCCCUGUUUGCUUCCAACAUGGAUCUCUAAGGUUUCUGCCCAACAGAGACGAGGAAGAGCUGGUCGUGUUCAACCUGGAGUGUGUUACCAUAUCUAUCCUAGAUGUGUAUAUGAUGCAUUUGCUGAGUAUCAGUUGCCAGAAAUUUUGAGGACACCCUUGCAAUCUCUGUGUCUGCAAAUAAAAAGUCUAAGACUUGGAAGCAUACCUGAGUUCUUGUCUAGGGCUUUGCAGUCUCCGGAGAUCCUUGCGGUACAAAAUGCUAUUGAGUAUUUGAAAAUAAUUGGGGCUUUGGAUGAGAAUGAGAAUUUGACUACUCUAGGUAGGUUUUUCCCUCUCUCUCUCUCUCUCUCUCUCUCGCUUAUAUUAGGGGCUAUCUUCAAUUGCCUGGAUCCAAUAUUAACUGUGGCUGCUGGUCUUAGUGUGAGAGAUCCUUUCCUAACACCACUGGACAAAAAAGACCUUGCAGAGGCAGCAAAAUCUCAGUUUGCUGGAGCAUAUAGUGACCACCUUGCACUUAUAAAGGCUUACGAGGGUUGGAAAGAUGCAGAAUUAGACAUGGGAGGAUGUGAAUAUUGCUGGAAAAAUUUUCUUUCAGCACAAUCAAUGAAAGCUAUUGAUGCUCUUAGGAGAGAGUUCAGAUGCCUGCUCAAGGAUAUUGGAUUAGUUGAUAGCAAUACAGCCAACUGCAACUUGUGGAGCUGUGAUGUGAAUCUUAUCCGGGCAGUUAUUUGCUAUGGUCUAUAUCCUGGAAUUUGCGCUGUUGUGCACAAUGAAAAGUCAUUCUCUUUGAAAACAAUGGAGGAUGGUCAAGUGCUCCUAUAUUCGAACUCCGUCAAUGCUCGGGAAACUAGAAUUCCAUAUCCAUGGUUACUUUUUAAUGAGAAGAUAAAAGUGAACUCUGUUUUCCUCCGCGACUCAACAGCUGUGCCUGAUGCAGUGGUGCUUCUGUUUGGUGGAAACUUAUUGAAAGGGGAUGCUGAUGGCCACCUAAAAAUGUUGGGAGGAUAUCUGGAGUUCUUCAUGGAACCUCCUGUUGCUGAUCUGUACCAGUGUGUAAAGAGAGAACUUGAUGACUUAAUUCAAAGAAAACUACUUUUUCCAAAGAUGAGCAUACACUUGUAUGAUGAACUCCUAUCAGCAGUGCGGUUGCUGAUUUCCAUAGACACAUGUGAAGGCAAAUUUGUAUUUGGUCGUCGGGUCUUUAAACCAGCAAAGUCAACAGUGAUGGCCACAUCACAUCCAGCAUCGAUUUCAAGGACUGAGAGUGGCCCUGGGGGUGAUAAUUCUAAAAGUCAGCUCCAGACCUUACUCACAAGAGCAGGAUAUGCUGCACCCAGCUACAAGACUAAACAAUUGAAGAAUAAUCAGUUUCGGGCUACAGUUGAGUUCAAUGGAAUGCAGAUAAUGGGCCAACCCUGUAGCAAUAAGAAAAGUGCAGAAAAAGAUGCUGCAGCUGAGGCCUUGCAGUGGCUAAUGGGUGGAAAACAGUCAGGCAGUGAGUAUAUCAGUCACAUGUCCAAGUUGCUAAAGAAAAGUAAGAAGGAUCACAGCUGAGUAGUCAACUACAGGGAUCUCAAUGGAAGGGUAAGAAGAGCAAGGUGAAGGGACUGUUGUUGACGACUUGUCCUACAGCCUUACCCGUUUCAUUUCUUUUUGGAUAUAGGGACAGACUUUCGGCAGUGACGUUGUUAUUGUAUGGUCUCGGAUCAGAGUCAAAUUUGUUCAUACCAAAACCCAAGCCAUAUCCAAUCUGGCGUGUAUCAUACUCGUUCAAUUUGAAGUUGGAAGAUAGUAAUUUUUUAUUGAAGUAGAAUGGAUCUCCAACAUGAAGCAAGGAAUUGCCAAUCAAAUCUUUGAGGAUAUUAACUGUCCUAUUUGAUGCAAUUGCAUCUUGAGCGAGAAAACUGAUGGCUUCGGGAAGAAUCAUUUUACAACAGCAGGAUGUAGCAGAUACCAUUCAUCAUUUGGAGGGAAAGCGAGGAUGGCGGACAUUGAGUGAGAAGUGAUUCCAUGCUUGCACCCUAUUAAUUUUUUGUACAGUAUUAUUGAUAAGUGAUAUAUCCUGAAAUCUGUCAUGGAGGACCUCAACGAAGCUUUGUCUUUGUGCUGUGAAAGCAGAAUGAUGGUAACUAGUACUGCAUAUUUGGCCGUCGAAAUAUAAAAUUUGUUUCCAUUUUUUGCAAA